AUUGCGAAAUGGGAACAAUAAUUUGGGGAGGGUGAGUACAAUUUGCAUAUGUCAAUUUAUCACACUACUCAAGAAUAACACCAAGUAAUAAGAAAAACAGCACUUUCACGGUUGGGCGUUGGGAGGGAAAGCAUUUUCCACAAGCCUGCUGUUGAAAUUCAAAAAAUUCAAAAAUCAUCACUCUCAGAUUUUUUCCUCUUUUAAAAACCCUAACCUUUUCUUCCCUCCCCCCUCUCCUACCUUUCUCACAUAGCUCGCUGUUCUGGCUGUCAGGCACGGACUCUGAUGCCCACAGAGCUGAGGAUUUUCACGCCACAGAGCUCGGGAACGGCAUUCUGAACUUCGCGGAACAUCUGAAAAUAUAUUGUAACUUGUCUUGGAGCUUAAACAAGAAAUUCUUGUAUCAGCAUUCUCUUGCACACGGUAGAUAUUCAAAUGAGGAAAAGGGUUGAUGGGAAAAAUUCUCGAGAUCUUGCGAGUCCAAGGAUUUCAAGACACCAGAAGAAAUUGUCUGAGAACAUCCAAAACCAGGCAAAAAAAGUGUCAGAUUUAAUCACUUCUUCAGCUAGGAAGCAGAAACCGGGCACUACUCUUCCAAAAAAAGUGGAGAAGCUUGUUACUAGUACAGAUUUGGAUUCAAGGUUUGAGUUUCAUGAUAAAGACGCCACCAACACUGGUUGGAGUCAAGAUGCUCAUUGUGAAACCAAUUAUUCUUCUGUUGAAAAUAAGCAUUAUGAAGAUGAAACUGCUAAUAAUCAAACUGAGGCUAUUUUUUCUCCCACCUUUCGCACCAAAAGUAUUGCAGAAGUUUCAAGUAAAGUGGAGUUAGUUAUGCCCUUUCGACAUGGAAACGUCACACAUGAUGACCGUGAUAAAGAGAACAUAGGGACUGACAUGCUGAAUGGUCACGCGCAUGAGAUUUCAUUAAAUUUAGGAAGUUCCAUACCCGAAGUUUUGUCCACAUGUCAGGCUUUAGGAAAUUCAAGAUUAGAAUGCGUUGACGAGUUAAAUCAAGGGCAAGUGCAAGCUGACAGUAGCAUGGAGAAAACUGAAAGUGAAGAGUUUGAUGAUUUCAAUCCAUAUUUUUUCAUCAAAAAUUUGCCAGAUCUAUCCGCUGUCGUUCCAACAUUCAGGCCAAUGAUCUUGCCUAAACAGACUAGGAGUUGCCCUUCCCUCAGUCUUGCUUUGGACUUGGAUGAGACCUUGGUGCACUCUACGGUGGAACCAUGUAUAGAUGCCGAUUUCACAUUUUCAGUAAAUUUCAACACAAUGGACCACACGGUGUAUGUACGGUGUCGUCCUCAUCUCAGAUACUUCUUGGAGAGGGUGUCACACCUCUUUGAGAUAAUCAUAUUUACAGCCAGCCAAAGCAUUUACGCAGAGCGGGUUUUGAAUGUGCUAGAUCCCAAAAGAAAAAUAUUUCGCCACCGUGUAUUUCGCGAGUCUUGUGUGUUUGUUGAUGGAAAUUACCUUAAGGACCUUUCGAUUCUUGGUCGCGAUUUAGCACGUGUCAUUAUUAUCGACAACUCUCCCCAGGCGUUUGGAUUUCAAGUGGACAACGGAAUACCCAUCGAGAGCUGGUUUGACGAUCCUUGUGACCAAGAAUUGCUCGCAUUGCUCCCGUUUUUGGAGAGUUUAGUGGGAGUGGAAGAUGUCAGGCCACUGAUUGCAAAGAAGUUCAACCUCAAAGGGAAAAUAGAUUCUGCUAUUUGUCCCUUCACCUCUUCUGACUAUGGAAUUCCCUUUGGGAGAUGUUAAAACUUUUGUCCCCUUAUAACUUUGUGUACUAUUAUUAGUAGUAUUCUUAUUAGUGCCCUUUUUUCUGGUUAUGUCUUGUUUGUUGAUGAUAAUAUAUCAUACACACCUGCUAUAUGCUUUGGUUCUUGUAAUAAAAGGAAAUCUUUAUA